AUGACUCAACUACAGCUUGACAGCUCUAAUGGAGCCCCCAAACCUGGCGAUGCUGCCAAGCUGAAUGGUGCCCCGAAAUCCGCAGUGCUUCAUCGACACCUUCGCCAUGAAUUCCCCAGCAUUGAACGAGGCGAGGGCCACUACCUCAUUCUGGAAGAUGGUCGGAGGAUCUUCGAUGCCUCAGGUGGCGCUGCUGUGGCCUGCGUUGGUCAUGGAAAUGCUGCCGUGAAUCAAGCCAUGGUAGAUCAGAUCCAGAAGCUGAGCUACUGUGUCUCGACUUUCUUCAAAACGUCCAUUGUUGAGCAGGCUGGACGGGCCAUGGUUGACACCACGGAUGGGCAAAUGACGAGGGCGUACAUUAAAUUGGCCCGGCAGUACUUUCUGGAGAAAGAGACUCCCGAGCCAGCUAGAGUCCGAUUCAUCUCUCGGCAGCAGUCGUAUCAUGGGACAACUCUCGGGUCUCUUGCUAUGGGUGGUCAUGUUGGCCGACGGGCAAAGUUUGAGCCCAUGCUCACAGACAUAGUCUCCAAAGUCUCGCCUUGCUACGAGUAUCGUGGUAAGGAACAAGGCGAGACGGACGAGUCGUACGUCCAGAGACUUGCCCUCGAGCUUGACCAAGAGUUCCAGAGGGUUGGCCCUGAGACGGUCUGCGCAUUCGUUGCGGAGCCAGUUGUUGGUGCUGCCCUGGGAUGUGUGCCAGCUGUCCCAGGUUAUUUCAAGGCCAUGAAGGAAGUAUGUCGCAAGAACGGCGCUCUGCUCAUCAUGGACGAGGUCAUGUGCGGCAUGGGACGUACAGGAACGCAUCACGCCUGGCAACAUGAGGGCGUUGUGCCUGAUGUUCAAACAGUCGGCAAGGGUCUUAGUGGUGGUUAUCAACCCGUAGCUGGAGUGCUCAUCCACAAGAACGUUGUCGACACUCUCGAGAAUGGCAGCGCAGCAUUCGUGCAUGGGCACACAUACCAGGCUCACGCCGUGGGUUGCGCAGCAGUUGUUGCAGUACAGCGGGUUAUCCAAGAAGGUAAUCUCAUCGCCAACGUACGUGCAAUGGGCGAGCUUCUCGGGAAAUCACUGCAGGCACGCUUGGGUUCCCACAAACACGUAGGCAACAUCCGAGGGCGAGGGCUAUUCUGGGCAGUCGAGUUUGUCCAGGAUAAAGCGACCAAGACGCCCUUUCCAUCCAAAGCCGGCGUAUCCAUGGAGAUCAGUGAGUUAGGACUGACGAAACCAUACUGCAUGAUGGUAUAUCCCGGUGCCGGAACCGUAGAUGGAGUCAACGGAGACCACAUAAUCAUCGCCCCUCCAUACACGGUCACAAGUGAGGACAUUGAAUUCCUCGUUCUGAGUGUCUCGAAGCUUGUGGAGGACUACUUUUCCGGACAUGGUGUCACCGUUCUUCCGCAGAAAUGA